UCGCGACAUUAUCCUCUUUUACCAAAUUUUAUUGAAUUUCGUCCCAUUCCAAGCUGCUCCGAGUCACAAAUGGCACCUCAUGAGAAAGGUGUCAAUCCAUCAGAGUCGCCCUCCGGCAGCCUCAAAAAGGCGCCACCUAGUGGCCCCAAAGCCCUCCGCGGCUUUGCGUCUCCUUCCGCGUUCCGCAACGCUGAUAUCGGCAAUGGCUUACUGCAACACCGUGGCGAAGAUGAGAGAAUCUCUUUCGCGUUUCCCAGGAAGGGAAAGGAAAGCCUCGACAGAAACGGAGAGCGGCCGGCACCAAUGAGUUUGGAGAGCAGAUUGGGUCCCCCUGUCAGUCGCUUCAACCGCCCUGUAGGUGGCGACAGCUUGGAGAGAGGUAAUGGAAAGGGGGGCUGGGAUAAUAGGGAUGAAAGAACUAGUGCAAGUUCUUCCUCAAUUCACAGAAUAAAUAAGGAGAAAAUUCGCCCUCGGUCUGAUUUCAUCGAGUCUAGUGCGAACCUUUAUUCUGAAGAUGAUCGCAAUCGUGAUCGAGGCAGAUAUCAUGAGCGCGACAGGUCUAGAGGAACAAACGGAGAUAGGGGGGGGGGAGAAGGUCACAGUCAUAGGGAACCUGGAAGGGGGAAAGAGCAUCAGAAUGGGCAAGGGAGAGAUAGGAGCCUUUACAGAGACCAUUCAAGAGAGAGAGAGAGCUCGCGUGACGAGCGCGACAGGUACAGCGAAGAGUACAAACAUCAGCGUAGCAAGGCCAGAUUUUCCCCAAGUCCAAGUCCUGAACGUAGUAGACUUAAGUCAUCUUUAGGCAGGCACCGGUCACCAGUUUCGGUCUCAUCGUCCUCCUCGUCCUCCGCCCGCUCGCCUCCACCCGUGCAGAAUCGAGAACCUUUAAGAUAUAAUGGCUCUCAAUCUAAAAAUGGGGAGAAAGAGCUUUCAAAUGGAUUGCUUGAGAACUCAAUUUCCCGAUCCGGGGUCAGUAUCGCUGUGCCGAGAAAGCUGGAAACUAAGCAAUUAGUUCGCCCUUCGCCCCCUCAUGUCAAUCUCAAGUCUACCAUACAGGAUAAUCCAUCUCCACCAACUGGCAAAUAUCCCCCUUCACCGCCUUCUUUAGAUAUACUUUCGAAACCAUCCUGCAAUCGUGAACCUCUUCCGGAUCAGCGUCCACCCACCCCGCCACUACCGGAAAAUUCAUCGCCCACAUCUCCAUCCCUUGAAUCGUCAAGGUUUGAUCAAAAUCAACACCUCUUACCUGAUGAGUUACCUCUACCGCCCCUCUCUAUAUCAUUUCCCCAGAAACCAGUCUCAUCAUCAUCAUUGUCUCGUCUCUCUUCUCUAUCCGCCGCUCUGUCACGACCUAACCCUCUCGACAAAGACGGUACUUCGAUGCCGCCGUCUUUCCACUUCAGAGAAAUAUCUACUCGUCACCAGAGACUUUCUCCUCCAAAUAAUGCCGAAAAUCAAUUACCGGAAACGUCCAUUAUACCACCUCCACCGUCUGAGACUGUACCAGAACCCCCGUGGAUUCGUCCCCCAUACAUCCCCCCUCCUUGCACCAAGCAUCGUCCGGGAAUAGGCAACUUUUUUAUCACCAAUCUUAGAGAAAAAGUGGAAGAUAAAUCAGGGAAAGAAGAGAAGAGGGUUGAUGGGAUGGAAGGCGGAAAAGUUGUGCAGGUGACAGAUCCGAGACUGUCAAUGACGGAGGAACAGCGAGGGAGGGGAAGAGGGAGCUCAAAGCAAAGAGCGGCGUUUUACGAGUUGACUUACGAGUGGGAUUUGUAUUCCGUUACUCCCAAACCUCCUUCACCACCGACGGCUGUCUUGAUCACAGGCCUUGGUCCUCUGACUACGGUUGACCAGAUUACCAAAUUUUUGCGACCCCAUGGCCGCAUCAAAGAGAUUGACUCUAAAGUUGACCGGAAAACAGGCAUGCAGCUUGGAAUAUGUUGGGUCAAGUUCGAGGGACCCCCUUUGGGUCGUCCUGGUACCGCGCACGAUGUAGCAAGUAUGGCCGUCAAGGUGUGUGAUGGAAAGAAGAUAAGCAUGGGAGGCGAGCGAAUCAGAGUGGUGUUGGACGGCAGGGGGAAGAGAGCAGAACAGGCGGUGAAAGAAGAGAUGGAAAGGAGGUAUCCUCCUAAGAAGCCUUCUGCGUUGCCAAGCGACAUGAAGGUGACACCCCUGUCCGGGACAGCAAUGGCUACGACGUCCAGACCUCCAAAUGCUCCAAAUGCAAGCACUCCUUUGAUCGAUAAGCAGACAUUUGAUACGUCUGCCAAAGCUCCGAUUAUUAGACCUGGCGUACUGAAGCCUUUAGGACAGAAGAUGUAUCAUCGCCCAUCAGCUCCUCCCCUCGUCUUCAACAAUCACCGAUUCCGCGAUGAAUCAUUCCUUAAUAGACCAUUCAAUGCCGGUGCAGGAAUGAUAUCGCAGCAGCAAAUGGGAUAUAAGAUACUACCAGGGAAACCAGUGCAACAGUUGGCGUCUAGCUUCACAAGCGCGCCAUUCGUCAGACAUCCACGGGAAAGGAGAGAAGACAGUUGGACCAAUGAACGCGGCAGGCGAUUGAAAGGAGAAUCAUCUACCCGCCAUUGGCGCGCGAGAUCGCUGUCACGAUCUUCUUAUUCUUCCUACUCUUCAUACUCUUCCUAUUCUGAAGAGAGUGAGGAAGAGCGACCCCGGCAUCCCACGAAAGUACCAUAUCCUCAGAGGAAACGCCUUGCCACAGGACCGAGCAAAGAGGACGAGUAUAAAAUGGAAGAUGUUAGGGAAGCAAUCAGGGAGAAUGGUCACCCAUGCGUAUUUAUUGACGCUAAGUCUCUACCCGCUGCAAGAGAGUAUGAAAGUUAUUUGAGGGAUCACUUCAAGGCCUUCAGGCCGACAGAGAUUAUUCAUAGCCAUUUGGGCUGGUACAUUCUUUUUGCCGACGAUACCACUGCAUAUAGGGUCCAGCGCGUAUUGGACACCACAGCGGUACAAGGUCAUCGCUUAUCGCUUGUUGUCCAUACAUCUUCCGGACCUCGUGCGCAAACAGACGCCUCAGAACCUGUGACCGGUGGUGUAGGGGAAAGCAAAAAGGGCAACUGGCGAUAUUUGACAAUCACGAAAAAGUCUCGACCAAUGCCUGCUGUGAAGAAGUCGGGAAAGUCUGCGACCAUCAGGAGGAAGGUAUACUCACCUUCAGUAUCUGGUAGCGACGACGAUGAUGAGCAAGUGCCUGUUAUGGCUCAGAACAGGAAACGGGCUCCAUCAUAUGCAAGCUCGACCUCGCCACUUUCAGAAGAUGACAGGCCGUUUGCCCGUUCGGUCCAAAGGGAGGAAAGAGAUAUCGACAAGGAAGGCAAGUUUUCUCUUAUUGGAAAAAAGGAAGAUGUAGUAUCAGUUAAGGCGGCCAAAGGUCCAAAGAGUAAAACGAUCAGAGUGGACUCUGACGAAGUGGAAGAAAAUCAAGGAGUCCCAUUGGCCAGCAUUGGGGAAGUCACAAAGGCGGAAGGAAAGCAGGAUGAUAGUACGGUCGUCAAGCUCGAGACAUUACUUUCUGAGAGUAUCUCUGAGCUUACCAAAGGCAAAAAGAGACCUACCAAAGCGAAGGGAGGGAAGGCUACAAAGAAAGUACGCCUUGACCAAGAAGCCGACGAUGCGGCUACGAAAAUCCAAAUCGACGAAGAUAUUGUACCUCAACCACCCAAGAAAAAGAAAGUCGUUAAAACUGAGGUCGAUAAACUUUUGGCUUCCGGUGUACUUAUGGAUGAAGAAGAUGCGUACUGGCUUGGUCGAGUAUUAGCCGCCCAGGAAGAUGGCCUCGAGCCGAUUUGGUCGGAUGGCGAAGAAGACUUGGUCGAUGAAGGCCACCCUCUCUUUCACAAGUCAGGGGCUUGGCGAGCUGAAGGGUGGAAGAAAGUUGCCCAAGUGCAAAAGUCAAGAUAUCUUCCGCAGCGCAACCGAGCUGUCGUCAACUCCGAGGAUGUCGGAGGGAUCACUACAGGCAGGACGGCUCGUCUUGCUGGCCGUGAUCAGCACCGACAAACAGCAGCAGUUGCUGCUAAUAAUACCGUCGAAAGCGAUCUGUUUGCAUUCAAUCAAUUGCGUAUCAGAAAGAAGCAGCUUAGAUUCGCGAGGUCAGCAAUUGAAGGAUAUGGGCUGUAUGCGAUGGAGACGAUCCAUGCCGGGGAAAUGGUUUGCGAAUACGUGGGUGAUUUAGUGCGGGCCACCGUGGCGGAUGUGCGGGAGCAGCGAUAUCUAAAACAGGGGAUUGGAUCAUCGUAUCUCUUUAGAAUUGAUAACGAUAUCGUUUGUGACGCCACCUUCAAAGGAUCAGUAAGCCGGCUUAUCAACCAUUCAUGCGAUCCGUCGGCCAACGCCAAAAUCAUUAAAGUCAAUGGACAAUCGAAAAUCGUUAUAUACGCUGAGCGAACCCUUUAUCCCGGAGAAGAGAUUCUGUAUGAUUACAAAUUUCCGCUGGAAUCUGAUCCAGCACUCCGAGUGCCUUGCCUUUGUGGCGCCGCGACUUGCCGAGGCUGGCUCAACUGAAAGCAACCUUGUGGACUCUGAUGGAUGGAUAGUGAAUGUUUUAUGUUGUAAUAUUUACUGACGUAUCAUGACGAAUGAUAAUGACUGGGUUGUGGCAAAUAGUAGUAGCUGCGAGUACUGGCGACAUCAGCAUUUGAAGAGCAAAUCGUAGUAUAGCACAGUAUAUUAGUUUCGAUCUAGCAUAUCAGUAUGAUGAGAAACUACAUCAUUGGCUCCCUACCGAAACGGCUAUUAUUGUCACGACAGCAGACAACCUUGAUCAGUCCGGCAGCUAAGCAUCAACGUUGCGCUAUUAGACUUCUUUCUUUUAGAAUUGUAGCACCAUUCAAUUGCUCAGGACUCCUGUUCAUACGCAGCGUUGU